AUGGAAGUAUCUGCACAGGUGGUUAGGCUAACCAUAUCUGAGGUCACACAUCCAUCGAUGCCGGCAGAUAAUUUACGCACCGAUGGAAUCAAACGGCAUUCCUCUAUCUACAAGCAAGAAGGACAUCCAGAUCCUAACAUCUCGGUGAACGCAAUAAUGACCUGCGAUUACAACACCACUUCUAGUUUACCAGACUCUCCCAGUAAAGUGUAUUACCGCCAGCAUGGGGCCCAGCGAUCAUUCAUUCCUACGUGA